AUGGGUUGUCGUCAAAUCUCGGUGAUAUUUUUAUUACUUUGGGUGAUCUUGUUCCCCGACAACACCGCCGUAGUCUCCGCCGUAGAAGACAACGGGACGGUGUUCGUGUAUGGAAGAGCCGCCGUGGGAACAAUAGACGACGACUUCAUCUGCGCCACCUUGGAUUGGUGGCCGCCUGAGAAAUGUGACUAUGGAACUUGUGCUUGGGACCAUGCUUCCAUUCUCAAUCUGGACCUGAACAACAUUAUUUUUCAAAAUGCAAUUCGAGCAUUUGCUCCACUGAAAAUAAGAAUAGGAGGAACAUUACAAGACUUGGUGAGAUAUGAGACACCAGAUCAGAAGCAGCCUUGUGUUCCUUUCACCAAGAACUCUUCCAUUCUCUUUGGUUAUACACAAGGAUGUCUUCCCAUGCGCCGAUGGAACGAGCUCAACGCCUUCUUCCAAAAAACCGGAGCUAAGAUCAUCUUCGGUCUGAAUGCACUUUCCGGUCGGAACAUAAAACGUAACGGUGAAGCCGUAGGAGCUUGGGAUUACACCAAUGCUGAAUCAUUCAUUCGGUUUAUAGUAGAAAGUAACCACACCGUCGACGGUUGGGAGCUCGGUAAUGAGCUUUGUGGAAGUGGUGUUGGUGCAAGAGUUGCAGCUAACCAGUAUGCUAUCGACACCAUUGCUCUGCGGAACAUUGUGAACCGGGUUUACAAGAAUGUGAGUCCCAUGCCGCUGGUGAUAGGCCCGGGCGGUUUCUUUGAGGCUGCUUGGUUCACAGAGUACUUGAACAAAGCAGGAAGCUCUCUGAAUGCAACUACUCGCCACAUCUACAAUCUCGGUGCAGGAGUGGACCAACAUCUGAUAGAAAGGAUUCUAGACCCUUCAUAUCUGGAACAAGAGGCAACAAACUUUCGCAGCCUGAAGAGCAUAAUCAAAAGCUCUGCAACCAAGGCUGUGCAAUGGGUUGGUGAGUCUGGUGGUGCCUACAACAGCGGGCGCAACCUUGUCUCUAACGCUUUUGUGUAUAGUUUCUGGUACCUGGACCAGCUUGGUAUGGCAGCGAAGUAUGAUACAAAAACAUACUGUAGACAGUCUCUGAUCGGAGGAAACUACGGGCUGCUAAACACUACUAAUUUCACACCCAAUCCAGACUAUUACAGUGCUCUGAUCUGGAGAAAACUUAUGGGAAGAUAUGCAUUGUUCACAAGUUUUUCUGGAACUAAAAUGAUACGUUCAUACACACACUGCGCAAGACAAUCGAAAGGGAUCAAUGUUUUACUGAUGAACCUUGACAACACUACAACAGUUUUGGCGAAAGUAGAGAUAAACAACACUAUAGCAACUUCUCAGCUUCCUUGGGAUUCUAAAGGUGAAAUCCAAAGAGAAGAGUACCAUUUGACAGCAAAGGAUGGAAAUCUACACAGCCAGACUAUGCUGCUCAACGGAAAUGCUUUGCAGGUUAGUUCCACAGGCGACAUACCUCCUCUGGAGCCGAUGCGUGUAAACUCAACAGAGCCGAUAACAAUAGCUCCAUACUCCAUUGUGUUUGUGCACAUGCCAAGCGUUAUUGUACCUGCAUGUGCUUAG